AUGUUGCACUCAUUCAAGAGAUUAAUGUCGACUAAAGUUCCCAGACAGUUCAAAUCGGUCGUUUACUCCUCCCACAAUUUGGAAGAUUGCACGAGUGUGCUUUCUAUUCAGAAUUACACUCCUAAGGAAGACUUAGCCAAAUCAAUUGUGCUACGUUCUUUGGCCUUUCCAAUUAAUCCUUCCGAUAUCAACCAAUUGCAAGGUGUAUAUCCAUCGAAACCCGAGAAAACUCUGAAUUACUCGACUAAAGAGCCUGCUGCAAUUGCAGGUAAUGAAGGUGUCUUCGAAGUCAUUUCAGUGCCGGAGGGCGAGUCCUCGUUGACCGAGGGAGAUUGGGUUAUCCCGGUUCAGGCUAACCAGGGAACUUGGUCAAACUACAGAGUCUUUACGAAGGCGUCCGACUUAAUCAAAGUGAAUGGUCUGGAUCUUCACUCAGCUGCUACUGUGUCGGUGAAUGGCUGUACUGCUUACCAGUUGGUUAACAACUAUGUGGACUGGAACCACAAUGCGAACGAAUGGUUGGUGCAAAAUGCGGGAACAUCUGGAGUAUCCAAAGUGGUCACUCAGAUAGCUAAGGCUAAGGGAAUCAAGACUUUAAGUGUAAUCCGUGACCGUGAAGGUUUCGAGGACGUGGCUAGAAAUUUGGAGAACAAGUAUGGAGCUACUAAAGUUAUCUCUGAGACUGAGAAUGGCGACAAACAAUUCGGGAAAGAGCAACUGCCCCAAAUCUUAGGACCAGAUGCCAAAGUGAGAUUAGCGUUGAAUUCAGUGGGUGGUAAAUCGAGUUCGGCCAUUGCACGCAAGCUAGGGAAAGAUGCGCUCAUGUUGACUUAUGGUGGCAUGUCGAAGCAACCAGUCACUUUGCCCACAUCCUUGCACAUCUUCAAAGGUCUGACUUCAAAAGGUUUCUGGAUCACUGAGAAUUACAAAAGGAACCCUGAGGAGAAGCCUGCUAACGUUGCAGAUUUCAUUAAAUUGUACAAGGAGGGCAAGAUCGUUUCACCAAAGGACGAUAUCUCAUCAGUAGAAUGGGAUGUCAACAGCGCCACAGAUGAGCAACUAUUGGAUUUGAUUAAGAGCAGCAUCAACGCUAAGGGCAAAAAACAAUUGGUUGUGUUAAAAUGGUGA